CGACACCUCGCCAUCAUUCAAACGUCACUCCUGAUCACGAGAAACGCAUUGCCCGGCGGGUAAACAAGCAAGCACUAUGGCCCUUACAAAAGAGCAGCGAGACACCUUGCUGCUCGCUGCCCAAAAGGCACGGGACACGAGCUACUCGCCUUACAGCAAAUUCCGAGUGGGGGCAGCUCUUCUCUUGCAGUCGGGGAAAAUCAUUCCGGGUGCCAAUGUCGAGAACGCUUCCUACGGAGCUGCAAUUUGUGCAGAGAGAACAGCCAUGGUCACCUAUGUGACCUCUACGCUCUAUCAGGCGACGCCGCGGGACAAGAUCGUCGCCAUCGCCGUCUCCUCCGACCUCGAUAGUCCAUGCAGCCCCUGCGGCAUUUGCAGGCAGUUCAUCCGCGAAUUUACAAGCCUGGAUACGCCAAUCCUGAUGGUGAAUACCAGCUGGAAGCCUUCAUCUACAAGCGGCAAUAACACUGGCACUGAGGGCGGCGGCCCCAUCGAGACAGCGGAACACCUUGAAGAUCCAUAUGAAGGCAACGUGCAGCCCGCAACGGUUGGGAGCGAGAAGGGCGUGACCGUCAUGACGAUAGAGCAGCUACUGCCUCUCUCCUUCGGGCCUGAUGCCUUGGGGAAAGAUCGUAGCCAUGCAUGAAGCACGUGAAGGAUCCAACGUUGCACAGCGACCGUUGGGCCCAAGCAGACGCCGCCGCAGAAUCUGAACCAUCUGUAGCAUACAACAGCGAGAUCGUAGGGAUACAGUAAAUGAG